AUGCGUCGUAAUUUCGAGGUCGAGGACUGGGAAAAAAGAGCUCUUGAAAUAGAUGCUCUUCAGGAGCUUCGAUUUCAGGUUAUAACUCAGCUUAUGUGUAAUCAACAAAAGAAUCGUGAGGCAAUAAAUAACAAGAAACUUCACAGGUUACUGGUUCAACGAGAAAAACAGAAAGUUAAAGCUAUUGAAAAAAUUCGCUCAAAAUGCGCUGAGGAAAUCCGUAGAAUGAUUUACAAUAGGGAGAAGAAACAACGCGGUCCAAAACCCGACAUGAUCGAUCUAUUUUCAGAGCCCUGCUUGCCAACGCUCCUUUCUGCUCCUCGGAAAGGGGGUAAAGAGGGUAUAUUCAAAGUUCGUAGCCAGUUCCUUGAAACUCUCGAAGGUCUUUCGGAAAUGGAAAAGUUAAUUUCUGACAAAACGAAGAACAUUCAGAUAGACAUCAAGACAGCUUCAAAGUACAACAAAGACGGUUCUCUAAAGCAGUUUGCUCGUUGGCAGAGCAAGCUGGAAUCCUUGCAUAAGUACAUGGAAGCCCAACGCUGUACUGAUACCGAACCACCCAAGCCUUUCCGCUAUCUAUUCAGAAUUGAAAAGCACCCACCUCGACCUCUUACUCCUUCGAUUCCAGAAAUUGACAAAUCAAAAGAAGAGGUUAAUGUGGCAAUACUCAAUUUGCAAAGACUAAUCCGUGGUCGCGCUAUCCAAACCAUGAUGCGCGAGGCCAGGCUAAGGCGACAGCUCCUAAUCGAUGAACUACGAUCUACUCAUGCCUUAGUUAAAGACGAGCGAGCCGAGAAACGCCGUCAAAUGCUUCAAAUUCGAAUAGAGCAGACUCGAUUUGAGAAUCUCAAAUAUGAGAACGAUAAAACUCACGAAAUUCUUGAGCGACUAGAUACCACAGUUCUUGGAAAUAUGUUAGAUCUCCUGAGUAAAGAACUUGAUCGACUGAUUGUGGAUCAACGACUUAGUGAGUUUGUUCAUCGUGCUCGGGAGGAACGAAGAAUGCGAGAAGUUGAGGAGAGUUCAAGACGUCAAUGGGAAUUACGAAGAAGGCGUGAGCAAGAAGAGUUCUUCAAACAAAUUCUUAAAGUGCACCAGGAUACAGCUGAUGGAUAUUUUGAAGCUCUUCUCAGUUAUGCCAUGGAAUAUUCAGCAGAACUGAUAGCCACUGAUGAAAUUGAGGAACUUGCCAAACAGUGGACAGUAGACGUCAAGGAAACAGAACAAAAUCUGACUCAUGAAGAAGAGGCUGCUGAAUUAGUCUACAAUUUCCUUAUUCCUGAGGUUAAUCGACGCUUCUAUCGUGAAGAACUCCAACGCCAAGAACGUAAGUAUCUGAAUGCCGCGCAUCAAGAAAUAUUCGACGAGCUUGAAUCCAACCAAUUGAGUGCUCAAAUCCGUGGCUACCAGGAGUUGAGGAUAGAUCAAAGUGUAUCGGUGGAUGAUGAAGCGAUCAACAAUGAGAUGAUGGCACCAAAUGCUGACGAGCAAGUCGAGGACUCUUCUUUAGAUGCGAAGUAA